AUGAAGGGGACUCCCAGCAACUUGGACACCCUGCUGUGGGUCUACCACUUCCAUAGCUCCACCGAGGUGGCCCUACAGCCUCCGCUUCUGUCUUCCCUGGAACUUGCUGUGGCCGCAGCUCAGGAAUAUCUGGUCCAAAGGUUCAGAGAACUUAAGUCCCAGGAGCCCCUGGAAUCCAAUAAGCCGCCUGCCCAGAAGGCCACCUUGGGGCUGGUGCUAAGAGAAGCUGCAACCAGCGUCAUGAGCUUCGGAGCCACCUUGUUAGAGAUCUCAGUCCUGUGGCUACAGCAGGAAGUGCUGGACAGCAGCGACGGCUGCCUGAGCGCAGCCCCGAACACUGGGGAUCCGGGUAGGGCACUGACCCGUGUAGCCCUGGCUGCAGGGCAGGGGAUUCGGCAAGCUGGAGCAGCAGCUGGUGCAAGUGUCCGGUACCUGAUCCAGGGGGCGUGGCUGUGCCUGUGCGGACGCGGUUUGCACGGGUCCACCUCAUCCCUGCAACAAACCCUACGCCAGCUGGGUCUUGGGGUCCCCGGGGAUCCGAGAUACCCGGGAGACCCCAAGGUGGCAUCCAACAGCAAUGAGGAGAACGGGGGACCAGAUAAUCCAUCACUGUCCCAGCCCCACCCUGUGUCCAAAUAA